CCACUAUUUUUCCACACUCCCCUUAAACGUGUGAGAAUAACAUAUCAUUAUUCCCACAGAAACAUAUUCCAUGCACACUCAUAUACACGUUCCUUUUAGAAAGCUAUACUUUUAAUUGUCCUUUUUUUUUUUUUUUUUUUUUUUUUUUUUUUUUUUUAUUCUUUGACCCUUUGGGCAAUUGGGCUUUGUCUCUCUCUCUCUCUCUCUUUCUUUUCUUAUGAGUUAUGCCACAUGCCCAAGAACUCUGCCUCUAUACACAAGAAAAUGGCAGCAUCGAUCAUCACCUCUCUCAAACCCUUUUUCUCAUCUACUAAUCUAUCACCUCCUUCUCUACCUUUGAACCUCUUUUUUCAAUAAGCUUUGGGUUUUUUCUUUUCUUUUCUUGAAAGUCUUUGUUAUUGUUUAUGGGGGCUGCUUUCUCUGGUCUUGGAGCAGAGAGUAAUGAUGGAGGCUCUCUUCCAUCGAAACCUAGUCUUGGUGACCUGCCAGAGAAUUGUAUCUCAUCCAUUCUUAUGUACUUGGAUCCACCGGAGAUCUGUAAAUUGGCAAGAUUGAACCGUGCUUUUCGUGGCGCUUCUUGGGCUGAUUUUGUGUGGGAAUCAAAGUUGCCUUCAAAUUAUAAGUUUCUUGUUAGAAAAAUUCUUCAUGAAAGCCCUGAGAACUUGGCCAAGAAAGAAAUUUAUGCAAGACUGUGUCGAUCCAAUCGAUUUGAUAAUGACACUAAGGAAGUUUGGCUGGACAAGAGGAGUGGUAAGGUUUCUAUCUCAAUUUCUUCAAAGGCCUUGAGGAUAACGGGGAUAGAUGAUCGAAGAUACUGGAAUUAUAUUCCAACUGAAGAAUCCAGGUUUCAAACAGUUGCAUAUCUUCAUCAAAUUUGGUGGGUUGAGAUACUUGGAGAAUUAGAGCUGGAAUUUCCACCUGGGACCUAUAGCCUAUUCUUUCGGCUUCAGCUAGGCAAAGCCUCUAAAAGAUUUGGUCGAAGGGUCUGUAACCUUGACCAAGUUCAUGGUUGGGACAUUAAACCUGUUCGGUUCCAGUUAUCAGUAUCAAAUGGUCAGCCUGCAAUUUCUGAAUGUUAUUUAUGUGAUCCAGGCAGUUGGGUUCAUUACCAUGUGGGUGAUUUUGUGAUUGAGAAUCAUAGCAUUCCCACAAAGAUCAAGUUUUCAAUGAUCCAAAUUGAUUGCACACACAUCAAAGGAGGUUUAUGUGUGGACUCUGUGUUAAUAUGCCCAAGUGAAUUUAGAGAAAGGUACAAAAAAGUUUAGGAAGCACUAACAGGAAGUAUAGUAGUUCAGUUCGUACUUCAUUUUUUUUUUUUUUUAGUUUAGAAUUAUUUGCAUUUGAAGCAAAGUAGUGUAUGCAUUUGUUUUUAUUUUGUUUCAAAUGUUGAUUUGGGUGGUACUCUUUUAACAGCGUUGUUAAUGUUAAAGAGUACUGGCGUUGUAAAGGAAAAUUGGGACACAGAAUUAAUUGAUAUAUUUGAUUGCACAAAAAGCUCUAGUGUGAUCUUUA